UGCCACCUGUCAGUGUCCAUCGGUGCCAGCUAUCAGUGCUCAUCCAUGCCACCUGCCAGUGCCUACCAGUGCACAUAUCAGUGCCCAUCUGAGCUGACUUUCAGUGUUACCCAUCAGUGCCACAUAUCAAUGUCAAUCAGUGCCACCUAUCAGUGCUGCCAAUCAGUGCCAGUCAGUGCCGCCUAUCAGUGUGCAUCAGUGCCGCCUAUCAGAGCCCUUCGGUGCUGCCUCUCAGUGCCACCUAACAGUGCCAGUCAGUGCCACCUAACAGUGUCAGUCAGUGCUGCCUAUCAG